AUGGCGGACAUGCCCAUUGUGCUCGACGGAGGGACUGGUUUCCUCAAGGUCGGAUAUGCUGCGCAGAACUUCCCAGAGCACCAGUUCCCCUCGAUAGUGGGGCGGCCCAUACUGCGAACUGAGGAACAGGCCGGCGACAUUGUCGUGAAGGAUAUCAUGUGCGGAGAUGAAGCGGCAGCCGCCAGAUCAAUGCUUCAGAUUAGCUAUCCUAUGGAGAACGGUAUCGUGAAGAAAUGGGACGACAUGCAGCACCUAUGGAACUACACAUUCUACGAGAAGAUGAAAAUCGACCCCACGGGGCGCAAGAUCCUCCUGACCGAACCCCCAAUGAACCCCCUAAAGAACCGCGAAAAGAUGUGCGAGGUCAUGCUGGAAGGAUACAACUUCGGAGGCGUAUACGUCGCCAUUCAGGCCGUACUUGCUCUUUACGCUCAGGGUCUCAGCAGCGGUGUGGUCGUCGACUCCGGUGACGGCGUCACACAUAUUAUUCCCGUCUACGAAUCCACCGUCCUCAAGCACCAUAUCCGCCGACUGGACGUCGCCGGCCGCGACGUCACCCGCAACCUGAUCGCUCUGCUCCUGCGCCGCGGCUACGCUCUCAACCGUACGGCCGACUUCGAAACAGUGCGCCAGAUUAAAGAGAAGCUCUGCUACGUCUCGUACGACCUCGAGCUAGACAAGAAGCUCUCCGAGGAUACCACCGUUCUCGUUGAAUCAUACACACUCCCCGAUGGCCGGGUCAUCCGGGUAGGCAGCGAGCGCUUCGAGGCCCCCGAGUGUCUCUUCCAACCGCACCUGGUUGACGUCGACCAGCCCGGUAUGGCCGAGCUGCUCUUCAACACCAUCCAGGGCGCCGACGUCGACGUCCGCUCGAGCUUGUACAAGGCCAUCGUCCUCAGUGGUGGAAGCAGCAUGUACCCUGGUCUGCCGUCGCGGCUGGAGAAGGAACUUAAGCAACUGUGGCUUACGCGGGUACUCCAGGGAGACCCCGAGCGACUCGGUAAAUUCAAAGUGCGGAUCGAAGAUCCUCCCCGACGGAGACACAUGGUCUUCCUGGGCGGUGCCGUGCUCGCCAAUCUGAUCGCCGACAAGGAGGACAUGUGGGUCUCCAAGCAAGAAUGGGAGGAGCAAGGUGUCCGUGCCUUGGCCAAGCUCGGUACUAGCUAG